UUCAAAAGUGCUAAAGAUUAUGAUACACUUACAUUUGACGGGCUGGGAAUCUCUGUAUUCGACGCCAAAAAAGAAAUCCUGACUGCAAAAAAAUUAAAAGGAAAUGACUUUGACAUUAUAGUAUCUCAUGCUGAAUCAGGUGAAGAUUAUCAGGAAGAUACUGCAACUAUACCAAGGAAUACCCCAAUUGUAGUGAAGCGCGUCCCAACUAAACCUGGGAAAGGAACCGCACAUCGUUAUUUGGAAGGUGGAGGACCUACAACACAGCGUAAUUAUGUAUCUAAUAACAGAGGAAAUAUGGUAUCAUCUAAUGGGUCAAUGUCAAAAACAUUUGACCCAUCAAAGCAACCCCAACAACAGGUUUCUCGCUUAACUCCAACUCCUGCUUCUUCUUCUCAACAAACAGAUGAAGACCAAACUGAAGAUGAUAAAAUUCAAGCAAUGUUUGCACAAUCAAAAGAGUUUUGGGAGAUAACUCAAGAACAGAUGGCUUCAAAACCAGCACUUAGGAGACCUAAUCAAGUUCGUCCGUCAGUCAAGCCACCGGUUCAAAAAACUUUGCCACCAAAUUAUGUAUGCUAUAGAUGUGGGCAGAAGGGUCACUGGAUUCAAGCGUGUCCGACAAAUGGCGACCGAUCCUUUGAUCAUAUGAAGGUCCGAAAAACUACUGGUAUACCGAGAAGUUUUUUACAAAAAGUAGAACAAGUACCACCAGGGAAAGGUGUUCUUGUCACACAAGAUGGAAACCUAGUGAUUGCACAAGCAAAUGAGGCUGCAUGGCAAAAGUUCCAUGCUCGUCAGAAAUCAUAUGUAACUUCCAACGAAGUUCUUGAAGAUACACUUCCGAUUCCAGCCGAACUUCAAUGCAUGUUAUGUUCUCGACUUCUGAAAGAAGCUGUUAUUACUCCGUGUUGUCGGGCUUCAUUUUGUGAUGAAUGUAUUCGCCACGCUCUAAUUAAUCCCGAACAAGACGAUCAACAGUUCAAGUGUCCAAAUUGUCAAUCUCAAUUGGUUCCUGAUGAAUUAUUACCAAACAAGACAGCUCGAGAGGCAGUAGAUGGUCAUCUAAGAGAUUGGGCUAGACGUAGAAAUGAACCUACCGUUCCAGAAAUUAAUGAAGAAGAUGAAGGAAAUAAUAUGGAAGUUAUGUUAGAAAAUUCAUUGAUAGUUAAUAAUAAUGUAGAUCUUUUAAUAGAAAAAGAUACUACAGAUUCUAUAAAUGAUCUUAUUAUAAAAACUGAAGAAAAAGAAAAAAGUGUAAGUGGUUUAUCAGAAACAGUACUUGAUAAUGUAGAGAAUUCUAGUCAAUCUCCUCAAAUAUCAAAAGUAAAGGUCGAGUCGAAUGCUAAAGCAGAUUUACCAAAGAAGCCAAUACAUGAUCUUCCACCUAUCCCAUCACAAUCACAAAUACCAACACAUCAAUCUCAAUCACAUUCAUCACAACAAUCUUUUCAACAAUCACAAAUGCGAAAUCAAUAUUCAAAUACUGCUGGAAAAUCUUUUGGACAAAAUCCUAUGGCAUCACAAGGAUAUGGACAAUUUGGUUAUUAUAAUGAUUAUGGAUUUGGUUAUGAUCAAAAUCAAGGAUAUUGGUACGAUGAUGGUUAUCCUCAAAUGAGUAUGAAUAUGAUGAAUGGACCAGGUUAUUACGAUCCAUCAUACUUUGAUUCAGGGUUUUAUCCCGCUGAACCAUUCCCUUCACAACCACAAUUCAUGCCACAUUUUAGACCCCCAGUAUAUGAGGAAUUUUGGGAUAGACCAAUUAUGCCACCACAAGGUAAUUUUGUACCAUUUGCAGGAAAUAUGGGUACUGGAAUGGGUGGUAAUGCAGGAAUGCAACCAUUUAGAGGUGGUAACUUUCGUGGAGGGUUUUCACGUGGUAGUUUUCCGAGCCGCGCUCGUGGCCGUGGAAGGGGAACUAGUCCUGGAUAUUUUAAUGAUCGAUCAUCAUUUGGGAGUGGUCGUGGAAUUGGUGAUAUCAGAAGAGAAUCAAGUGUUCCUCCUUCAAUUGGAAGACGUGAUAUGUCUGAAAGAUCUGAUUAUCGUGAUGAUGAAUUAAAAUAUGAAGAUGAACGACUUGUCGAUGAUUUUGGACGCGACUUGGCACGGCGUAAAUCGUCUGCAUCGCGUAUUUCUGCAGAAAGAGAUAUUGAAAUUCGUGAUAAAAAGUCUCCUUCUCAUACAUCUGAUCGUGAGAGACAUGAAAGACAUGACAGGGAUGUGAUACAAGAUGAUGAUAUAGAAAAUAGAAGACUUAGAGAAAAAGCACCAACUCAUACAUUCGCUGAUAGAAAAGAAGAUCGUCGAUAUUCUGCAGAUCGCAGAUAUUACGAGGAUCGUCGGUAUUCCAUGCCAGAAAAAAGGGAAGAUAGGCGAGAUUCUAAUUUAUCUGAUCGAAGAGAAAAUAGACGAGAUUCUAAUAUAUCUGAUAGAAGAGGUGAUAGGCGAAGUUCCGUUAUACCAGAAAGGAGAGAUGAUAGACGUGAAUCAACAAAUGACAGACGAGAUGAUCGCCGUGAAUCAUAUAGUUCACGCUACGAAAAAAAUGGAUCUAUCAAUGACAAGAGAGAUCCUAAACUUGAUUCAAUGGAUAAUCGGAAAGAUAUAGAUGUGCAUCAUGAUUCAAUGGAUAAUAGGAAAGACAUAGAUGUGCAUGAUGGUAGGGUUAGUCCUCCAGCAUCAGCUGAACAACUUUCAGAAGAUAUUGACCGUCGAACGCGGUCACGUUCCCCCAAGCCAAUAUUAGCUCAAGAAGAAUUAGUACCUGAUGAUGGAAUAGAUGAAGAAGAUGACAACGUUAUUGACGUAUCCACAAAUGAUGAUGAAACCCUACUAUUAGAAGAUGAUGAAAUGUCCUUUAUGAAUGAUGAUCGACCUACUACACCUCCUUCUCCCGAAAAAUAUCCUUCAUCGUCACCUGAAAAACGACGUCAUUCAUCGUCUCACAAACAUCGAAAUAGUAAAUAUCAUCGCUCACAUCAUCGACAUGAGUCCCCCGAAAAAGAAGAUCAAGACAAAAGGGGAUCUCGAUCUAAGCAUUUGACUACUUCUUCCAAAGAUGAUUAUCGCAAUAGUAAUCAUAAACAUAAAAAACGUCAUAUAUCCUACCAUCAAAGUCGACAUAGUCAUAGUAACAGAACUAAAGAUGGAGAAACCAGGCGUAGUAGGCAUAGAGAAAGUCCAGAAACACAUCGAUAUCGCAGCAGGUCAAGAGAGAGGGAUGAUCGCAGAUAG